AUGUCGGCUGGGGGCUGGCCGCGCUCGCACAACGGCUACUGGUCUUGCAGCUGUGGGACGGCGGACAACUACGCAACGCGCAAGAAGUGUCGGGGGUGUGGGACCCUUGGACCGCGCAAAGAGCUCGCGUACAAGGACGUGCUGCAGGGCCCGACAAAGCGGGGGGCGGCGCUCCAGAAGCAGGUGGACUUCAUGCGGGCAGAGCUGCAGGGCCUCAAGAAGCAGCAGCACGCCACGCAGGAGGAUGACGACGAGAAGCCUGUGGACUUGGAUAAGCUCUUCAGGUGGGCCCAGUCUUGCAAGACCGAGUGGGGAGACCAGUCGGUCGAGUGCCAGCAGGCUCAGGAGCGCUACAUGCGCGCCAAGGAUGCCAAGCGAAGCACGAAGCCGCACUCGGUCCAGCUCACAUUGGCACGGGUGGCCAGAGAGAAGCUGGAGAAGGAGGAGGCGGCAAUCAUCGACGAGGUCAAGCGGCACCAGAAGGCCAUGCAGGAGGCACAGGAGAAGCUCACCAAGAAGAGGGAGCAGCUUGAGGUCGCAAGGGCCAAGGAGUCGGAGCUUAAGGUCCAGGACGUAUCCGUCAAAGGCAAGGGCUUCCUCACGGCCAUGCAGAAGCAGUACGAGAGUGCCGUCGAAGGCAGCGGCAUCAGCAAGGCGGAGUACGAGCAGUUGUUCGCUGCGCUCGGCAAAGUGCUGGACAACGUCAAGGAGGAGCCCAAGGACGACGAGGACGGCAUGGACACUGAGGAGGUGCAGCCAGAGGAACGCAAGAUGCACGCGAGCAGGGUCCGCAGCUGUCACCUGAAGAACAAGAGUGGCUACAUGCAGGAGGGAUUCCCGCGGCUGCGCAAGAACAAACAUGAGAGCCUCACAUUGUGGACCUUCAACGGUUCGGGGUGGGGCACCAUCAAGGAGAUGAUCGAAGGAUCUGAAGGGGGCAAGCUGCAGUGCUACGCAGUGCAGGAGCACCGACUCAUGGAUGACAGGAUCGCGGUGGUGUCGCAGAGCAUGAAGGUGCAGGGGUACCAGUUCGGCGGCGUAGCAGCGAACCAGACCAUAGGACCAGGUGGAGAAGCAGGUACCUCAGCGGGCGUUGCGGUGGUGGCGCCCAGGUGCAUAGGCAUGACCUACCUGUAUGGCAAGGAGAAGUGGGACCUGUCACCGCGCAACAGUCCAGGGGGAGCUGUAGCUGCGUGGUUAGCGGUCGAUAAGGGCAUCAUCUACGCGUCGGUCUACUUGUGGACGGCGGAGGGUCUGACGUUCAGGAACACGGAGAUCAUCAACCAGGUGAUUGGACAAAUGGAGGCGAUUGGAGUGCCGUGGAUCAUCGGGGGCGACUUCCAGGUGGCGCCCGAGAAGAUGACGGAGGUAGAAAGCGUCAAGAUGGCCAAGGCGCGAGUUGUAGCGUCAGGAGCCAGGUGCGGCACGUGCAGACAUGCGCAUGGUGCAAGCGAGAUCGACUAUUUCAUCGUCUCGGGCAGCCUGGUCAGCCAGGUGAUGGAUGUCAGAGUGCAGGAGGAGUGGCCGUCGGCGCCCCACAAGCCAGUGGGGCUCACUCUCAGGCUAAAGGUGAAGGAGCGCUUGGUCAGGGUGCUGGAGAAACCGAAGGCUCUGCAAGAGCUGGGCAUUGGUUGCACACCAGCGCCGCCUAGGUACCAGGACAUCGCGAGUUUCGGGUCACAGGAGGAGGCCAACCAGGUGUGGAAGCAGUAUGUGCAGACACUGGAGCAGGAGGCCUUUGCAGUACGAGGUCUAGUAUGGGCACCGGACCAUCCUGCAGCAGGACGGGCGGAGGGGCCGACUUGGAGGAUCAAGCCGCUCAACUUCGGCGGUGCCAACGUUCCGCCAGCAGCUAGAGAAGCAGUAUGGUGGAGGUGGUUGGCAAAGACUUUGCAGAACUUGCAUGGGGCAUACUCUAGGCUCAAGAUGGCGAGAACAGGUGACAUCCAGAGGCAACGGCAGCGGGAGGCAACUGCGCAUGAGCACCAGUUCAUCAUCGCGCGCCAGCGGACGAAGCACCUAAACGCUGUGGAGCAGGGCAAGUGGCAGGCCGGGUGCGGCUUGCUGGCUGCUGGGUUACUCCGAGGAGCGUUACAAGAGGCGAAGUUGCAGCAAUUGAUGCAAGAAAGCCAGGCCAAGAUGAAGGAGUACGACCAGAAGCUCUUCAAGGAGAGGCGUGCACGGUGGGCAGACAGGCUGCAGGAGGCGGCAGCAGGUGCAGCGGGUGGCCUACACAAGCUAAGCAAGGCUGCUACCGUAUGGAGGCCACGCAGGGGAGAUACCAUGGAGGGCUCGGCAGACCCCAUCGAGGCGGCGGAGUACACCCUCAGGGAGUGGAAACAGAUCUGGAGGGCCGGCGAGCAGAUCCAGGAGGUAGCCCGCACCUUCAGAAAGAAGACGGGGGUCGGUGUCGACAGGUGGCAUCCCUCCAUGCUGCAGGGCGCGUCGGACGAAGCGUACGACAAGCUGUUGGACUUCUACAUGGAGGUGGAACGGACCUUGUACUGGCCCAUCCAUAUGGGCACAGUGCUGUUCUUCAUGAUCCCGAAGACCUUCACCGCGGACAGGGUCACCGGUUUGCUGCCCACAGCCAUCAGGGUGUGGGAAAUUAUGCGGGAGCCGUACAUGGUCAAGUGGGCCAAGCAGAACUACAGGAGCUGGGAUUGCACGAGCUACGGCCAGGCGGCGGAGGACGCGGCCUGGGAGGUGUUGCUCAGCCACGAGAUGGACGACGCGGAUGAGCAGAGCGAGGAGACGCAGGCUACGAUCACGGCGGUGUUGGACUUGGUGAAGGCUUUCGAGAAGGUCAGCUUGCACGUAUUGUGGGAAGCAGGCAAGCAACUCAACUUCAACACGGGGGUGCUGGCUGUGGUGUGCUCAUAUUUCGCCAUGAGCAGGCGCCUCAUUGUGGGUGACUCGGUGUCCAGCGGGACCCAGACGGUGGCCACCAUCGUCGCGGGUAGCAAGUUCUCAGUGCGCUUCUUGAAGAUGGUCAUCCAGUCCACGGUGGAUGGCUUGGUGGUGGAGAGGCCAAGGGCGCGCUGGAGAAUGUAUGUGGACGAUUUGUGUGUGCGGUUACGACAGCAGCACCAGUACAUUGUGACGGAGUUCGGAGAGACAAUCGACAGUUGCUUCAGAGGCUUCGAGAAGAUCGGCCUGAAGUUCUCGGUGGGCAGCAAGGGUAAAGGCGCGGUAAUGGCGAGCACUAAGUGGGCGCGAAAGGCCGUGACAGGGCCGAUGCGAGAGCGUGGACUGCCAGUGGUGAGGGCUUGCCCGUACUUGGGGGUUGACAUCGUCACGCACGGUACGGCGGCGAAGGCUAAGAACGGCAAGAGGCAUGCUACUAUGAAGGCCAGGAGUCGGAGGCUGCUCACCUUGAAGGGCGGGCGCAAGAUGACCAGGGGCGUUGGCUUGGUGUUCAAGUGUGGCUUAAAGCGCUCGGUCUUGCACGGGUGUAAGUGCUUAGGCAUGCCAGACCACCAGCGACGACAGCUACGACGUGAGGCAGGACGAUUACUACCAGGUGGUCGUGGAGCCCGAAGCCUCACCCUUCAGCUGGCGGUUGCGCAGGAGGAGCCGACGUACGAGGUCAUUGAGGCGCCGAUCGCAAGGUGGGCGCGAGCAGUGUGGCAUAGCGCACAAGACGAGGAUGGAGCAGGACAAUGGGACAGCAUGGGCACCAUGUUGCAGCAGGCGUGGGGACGUCAGCAGCAGGAGGUCGGCAUGAAGCCAGCGUGGGCCCGAGUGCGGGGGCCAGCAGGGGCAGUCAUCAUGCCCAUGAGAAGGGCCACGUGGGCGUGGCCUGCGUGGCAUACUUUUGUCUCGAAGGAGGGCUUCGAGCUGAACAUGCAGGAGGUGUGCCCUAUGGACAUCGCAGCGAUGGUGCGCAAGGGCGUGCAGGCGACCCUCUGGGAGGAGUGGACGCAGGCAGAGGAGCUCAGAAGCCUGAGCCCAAUGCCUUUGGUGGCACCAGCGGUGGCGCAGUUGCGAGCACGUGAGUUCCCGAAGCAUGCCAAGAAUGCAGCGAAGAAGAUCUUCAUCGGAGGUGCGUGGACUAUGGAGAAGCUUUGCAAAUGUAAUAUCGUGCCCACGGACAUCUGCAUGGCUUGCGGUGAGGCGGUGGGCACAGAGCACCAUCGGUACUGCAAGUGCAGCGCGCCCAGGGACCAGCGUCUGCAGGCGCAGGCGGACUGGCAACACGUAGCCGAGCAGCAGGACACCAACAUGUUGUGGGCGCGGGGGCUGGUGAGGUCUCCAGAGGCGGACUGGCAGUUCAUUGGCAUUGCGGAGGACCAGUACUACGAGCAGGUGGUCGACGGUGAUGAGGACUAUCUCACAGGCGGCAUCGUCUGUGAUGGCUCAAAGCUCGGGUACAGCGACUGGGCGCAAACGGGCUGGGCAGCUAUGCCGCCCACCGACAAUGGCACGGCGACGAUGCAGAUGUGGGGCCCGAUUUGGCACAAGGUAAAGGACCUGGACCUGGAUAUACAAUGCGUGAAGCACGUGAAGGCCCACAGGUCCAAGGCCAGGAUCCAGCUGCUUGAGGGCGACGACCUGAAGAUUGCGAAGGGCAACAGUGAGGUUGACUUGCUGGCGAAGGCGGGCGCGGAGCAGGACGCGCACUACGGCAAGCACCAGGCGCUUGAGGACCUUGCAGGGCGGGUGCGUUGGGCGCUGCAGAAUAUAGGAUGGUGGUGCCAAAAGAUGGGCGGUACGUGGCCAGACGUGCCGCCCAAAGAAAAAGGAGUACCGAGACGAAGAGGGCCAACGCCGCUGCUCACCCUGACCGAGCACGAUAUUGUGGAGACGGGUGGGUGGCAGGUAUGCAUGAG